AUGCAGGAACAAAUGAUCAAGACUCACGAUGGUCGUUUAAGUGAAGUACCAGAGGGGUCAAAACUUGACUCUGAUGUAGAGGAAGAAAUUUACUCUCAAGUUUUGUCAAGUGAGAGGUAUGAAAAAUAUGGUUUCAAGCGUGGCAUAGAUCCUGUGCUAAGACAAGUGUCAAAAGCUCGCAAAUCUAGAGGGUCAGGAUGUGAAAAGCUUCAAAAUGAAGUUAAGGAAAACAAAUGUCGUAUGUCAGACAUGGAAAUUCUAACGAAGCAACAACAUGAGCUUAUUCAAAAGCUACUUCAGCAGAUAAAUCCGUUAUCAGAUCAUCUUGGACCUUCCGUCCCAAGAAGAGAAGAUCCUUCGCCACCGCCACCACCACCACCGGCCUCAGCGGGCACAAACAAUCUCCAUACUAGUACGGCAAAAAGCCAGACGAUAGUAGUAGGAAAUUGGGGAGGGCCUGGGGGUACUGGUUGGGAUGAUGGCUCCUACACUGGAAUUCGAGAAAUUGACCUUUCACAUAAGGAUGCUAUUGGGUCCUUGAGUGUGAUCUAUGAUGUGAAUGGUACGCAUUUUCCAGGGCCCAAACAUAUUGUUCCUGGUGCCUACACAAAAGAGAAGAUUGUACUACAAUUUCCACAAGAGUUCAUAGUGAGUGUGAGUGGGUACACUGGUAGUUUGCCUGGGCACCCUGUUGUUGUACGCUCAUUAACAAUCAAGACAAACAAGAGAACCCUCGGACCGUAUGGAGUUGAACAAGGCACACCUUUCAGCUUCCCAAUUGCAAAUGGCUUAAUUGUUGGAUUCAAGGGAAGCAGUGGUGAUCUCCUGGAUUCUAUUGGGUUUCACUUAUCACUUUAAGAUGUGCACACCAACGUAAAAUAAGUAAAUAAAAUGACGUCUCUAAAAUGUCUUGGUUUUCUGUUUAUUGUAAUAAAUUUAAAUCAAUGUGUAUAAUGGUAAUAUAUAUACGUUGGUUUCACUGACUGUUAUUACCAUGAUAUACACAACAAUGAUUUGAGGUGUGUUUGAGAGCUUAAAAUAUGCUCUACACUAUGUAGAGCUGAUUGUUUACGUAUGUAUGUUCAUAUGGAUAUGCAAUAUAUGCAU